GGCACCGACAUGAUCGUCACCUACGGCUCUGACGGCCAGGUCGCAGCGUACAACCCGGGCGACAUCGCGUGGAUCCUCACCUGUACGGCAUUGGUGUGGCUCAUGAUUCCCGGCGUCGGGUACCUCUACUCGGGCCUCGUGCGGCGAAAGAACGCUCUCACGGUCCUGUUCCUCACGAUGCUCGCUAUGGCCAUCAUCUCGUUCCAGUGGUUCUUCUGGGGCUACUCGCUCGCCUUCUCGCCGACAGGAGGACCUUUCCUCGGCGACAUGCACCACUUUGUCCUGCGCCACGUCCUCGAGACGCCCGUCCCGCAGGCCAACAACAAGGUGCCCCAGGUCGUCUACAUGAUCUACCAGAACAUGUUCGCCGCCCUCGUCCCGGCCGUCCUGAUCGGCGCCGCCGCCGAGCGAGGCCGCAUCCUCCCCGCCUGCAUCUUCUUCUUCUGCUGGUCGACCCUCGUCUACUGCCCUGUCGUCCACUGGAUCUGGGCGCCCGAGGGGUGGGCUUUCAAGCUCGGCGUCCUCGACUACGCCGGCGGUGGGCCGAUCGAGAUCUGCUCGGGCGUGACGGGCCUCGUCUACUCGAUCUUCCUCGGCAAGCGCCGAGGCUUCGGCACCCACAUCCUCAGCUUCAAGCCGCACAACACGACGUUCGUCAUCCAGGGAACCAUCUUCCUCUGGGUCGGAUGGUGCGGCUUCAACGGCGGCUCGACUUUCGCCGCCAACGUCAAGGCGGCCGUCGCCAUCACCAACACGAACCUGUCGGCCGGCUUUGGCGGCCUCGCGUGGAUGCUCAUGGACUACCGCCUCGAGCGCAAGUGGUCGGCCGUCGGGUACUGCACGGGCGCCAUCUGCGGCCUCGUCGCCAUCACGCCUGCCGCAGGCUACGUCGGCUACGGCCCGUCCAUUUUCAUCGGCGUUGUCAGCGCCGCCAUCUCCAACUUGCUCACGACGCUCAAGGGCUUCUUCGCCUUUGACGACGCCAUGGACAUUUACGCUUGCCACGGCGUCGCCGGUAUCGUCGGCCUCGUCUUCACCGGCGUGUUCGCCCAGGCCGAGAUUGCCGCCCUCGACGGCUACACGGUCAUCCCUGGCGGCUGGCUCGACGGCAACUACAUCGUCGUCGGCUACCAGUUUGCCUACAUCUGCGCCGUGUGGGGCUGGACUUUCGUCAUGUCGUACAUCCUCAUGACCCUCAUCAACCUCAUCCCGGGCUGCAAGUUCCGCGUCGACGAGGAGGGCGAGAUCAUCGGCGUCGACGAUGUCGAGAUGGGCGAGUGGUCGUACGACUUUAUCCAGCUCCGCCGCGAGGUCGACAGCACGCACGGCUUCCUCCCCGCCGACCCCGAGCACGGCCACGCACCGCCGCACCCGUUCAACAACUCGCGCGUCAAGCCGGCGUCGAUCAACUCGAGCGAGGACCGCAUCCGCAAGGAGGCCGAGAUCCGCGGCAACGGCGGGCAGGAGCUGCACUUCACGGGCGAGGACGUGUCGGGCCCGAGCGACGCGCCGCCGGCCAACUCGCGCGAGAAGAGCAUGGCGGCCGGCAUGAACGGCUCGGACGAGGUCAAGAAGGAGCAGUGAGGCGCCGUUC